AUGGAGCGGCAGCCCCAACAUUCGUACUACCCCCCGGGUGUCUCGAUUCCUGGCUGGGCGGCCGAUGAAGCGGCCCGUCUGCGCCAUGCGCCGGUCUUCGUCGGUGUCAUCGUCAGCAUCGCAUCCGUCGUGUACCGCCUAGCGACGAGGAGAUUAUUCCGCCCUCGUCCCAUCGACUGCGCCGCCGCCGCUUGGUUCUCCGUCUGUGAGCUUUCUUCCGCGCGGGGCCAUCCGCUCUCUACGUCGCCGUUCUCUGUCAAGCUGACACCUGUCUUCCUGAUAGGCGCCUUCUUGCAUAUCGUCUUCGAAGGGUAUUACAUUUACCAUCGUACCGACAUUGCCGGCCAGCAGAGUGCCCUCGCCCAGCUCUGGAAAGAGUACGCGCUCUCGGACUCGCGCUACCUCACCUCGGACGUCUUCACCGUCUGCAUCGAGACCAUUACUGUCUAUGUCUGGGGUCCUCUCUGCCUGCUCACCAGCGCCGCCAUCCUCGGCGACUCACCCUUCCGCCACGUCAGCCAAGCCGUCGUCUGCACCGCACACCUCUACGGCGUCGCGCUCUACUAUGCGACGAGCUGGACCGACUACCGCUUUCACGGUACCGAGCACAGCCGACCCGAGUUUCUGUACUAUUGGGUCUAUUACAUCGGCUUCAACCUACCUUGGGUCAUCGUCCCUGCUGUCGGCCAACGCCUUCGCCGCACUAGGGAGAUGGGAAAGGCAAAGGGAAAAGGAGUCGCAGCGCAAGACAUCGAGCGUCCUCGUCAGCCUCACUUCGUCCCUCACUUCUUCCCCUCACCAUCGCCAACGUCAAACCAUGAUGCUCGUGCAUCGCCGCUGCAGGACCCAUGGCUGCCGUCGCUGCGCACCCAUCCUUGCUCCCCCAACCAAAACUCGUCACAAAGGACAGCAAAGCACAACCGCGACAUGCGAGUAGUGCGUAUCUCGCACCCGCAAGCAUCUAGCCCCUCUCGCCUCCGCACGUCGUUGGCUCGGUCGGAAUGGACCUCUCUUGGCAUCUCCGCUCUUCGCAUGUCCCCCUCUCCGCCCUGA